AUGCAACGGGUGCAGCUCUAUAUAAAGUCAUGUCUGAUUUGUCAACGAAGCCGUUGUGGUACAGAGCGAUUUCAAGGACUAAUGCGUUCGUUUCCAAUUAAUCAAGUCUUCGAGAGCAUACAUAUUGAUUUCUGGGCACCCUCAAGUUGUCAAGUUGUAAUCUUAACUAUGAUAGAUAGAACAUCAAGAUGGGCAGAAGCUGUUAUUGUUAAACAUAAAACUGCAGACACAGUGGCUUCAAGUUUUAUUAAAUCCUGGGUUCCAUAUGGAGUUCUAAAGGAGAUUAUUUGUGAUAAUGAAAAGUCUUUCCACGGACUGAUGAUGAGGGAGUUGGCCAAGCUUAUGGGUACAGAACUUGUAGCUAUUACCCCUUAUCAUCCUCAGGGUAAUGCCCUGGUUGAAUCCUUUCAUCGGCAUUUAAGGAAGCACUUCGAUAGGAUCAGACGGACGGGUGGUUUAGAUUUAGAGGAGGUAUUGGCGCUUACAAUGUGUAUGUAUAGGACUAGCUACCAUACGGCACUUGAAGACACACCAGGUCGUUGGCUUUUUGGUGUCUCAGUGACCAUACCGGAAGAGCGGGAAAUUGAUGAUUUAAUGUUUGACACAAACGCUAGUCGAAUUGAGUGGUUGCAGAAAGAGAGGGGUCAAACUCUCGAACGAAUGAGACUCUGA